GGAGGUUUCCCUAGGGCUCGUCCAAACCUAGAAGCAGCCCUGCCUGGGGGCGGAGAGACCAGGAGAAGGGAGCCCUUCCCGUCCAGCAGCGGCUCCUCCCCACUUCAGCGAACGUGGCAAGCUGAGAGAAAGCGACUACCGCAGGCGCUUCCCGAUCCAUCCCGCCCCCCGCCAUUUUAGAUUCUGGAGCCUGCAACCAGCGAGACGAGCAGGGCUCCAGACUGAGGCGGGCAGCCACCCGCCGGGAAACGCCGCUGCCCGCCGCCGACUCCGUCACGACCCCAGAACGGCUCCCCACCGCCAUCGACGUUUCAUUGAGCUCGGUGUUGUUGAAAGAAAAUGAUGGAAGAGAGUGGCAUAGAGACAACUCCACCUGGAACACCCCCACCAAGCACAGCAGGGGCUGCCGCCGCCACCACCACCACCCCAAUCUCACUAGCUCGUCCCCUCCCUCCUCCGACUAUAUCUGCUCCCCCACCUUUUGCUCCCCACAUUCCUCCAUCCAGUACGAAUACUGGUCCUACUCAAAUAUUCGCCUCACCUUUACCCCCACCAGCAUCCUCCUUUCCACUGAUGACCUCUCCAGCGUCUUUGGCUUUUGUGCCUUCUGCAAUGACUUCAACUGGUGCACCCCCUGGAACAACUACUCUACCGUCUGUCACCCCUCCAAUUACGUCAGCACUCAGUAGCUCCACUUCUCACUUCUUGCCCCCUCCUCCACUAAGUUCUGCUUCUGGCCCUAUGCUUUCUACACCUCCAACUGGUCCCCCUACUUCAGGAUUUUCUAUUGCUUCCACCCACGACAUUACAAAAGGCCAUGCCGGGCGAGCACCACAGACACCGCUGAUGCCAUCAUUUUCUGCACCUUCAGUCACAGGUGUCUUGUCAACCUCUGUGAUGCAGCAGACUCCUGUGCCACCAUCAUUAGCACCUGGCAUUGGAAGUGGCUCUACAAUUACUUUCCCAGAGGAACGUGAUGAUCCCAGAGUAGUUGGCAUACAGAAUGAAGCGUCUGCUGGAGGACUAUGGGGCUUUAUCAAAGGUGUAGCUGGAAAUCCUAUGGUGAAGACAGUGCUUGAUAAAACCAAACACUCUGUAGAGACUAUGAUCACAACACUGGAUCCUGGCAUGGCUCCAUAUAUCAAAUCCGGAGGAGAGUUGGACAUCGUAGUCACUUCUACUAAAGAUGUCAAAGUUGCUGCCAUAAGAGAAGCAUUUCAGGAAGUUUUUGGAAUGGCCACAGUUACAGGAGAAGCUGGGCAGUCCAACAUUGCACCGCAGCCUGUUGGCUAUGCAGCUGGAUUGAAAGGAGCCCAAGAAAGGAUUGACAGUUUGCGCAGAACAGGAGUGAUACAUGAGAAACAGCCUGCUGUGUCUGUUGAAAAUUUUAUUGCAGAACUGCUUCCUGACAAGUGGUUUGACAUUGGUUGCCUAAUUGUGGAGGAUCCAAUCCAUGGCAUUCAUCUUGAGACAUUUACCCAAGCAACACCAUUGCCUCUGGAAUAUGUUCAACAGGCUCAAAGUCUAACUCCUCAGGAUUAUAACCUAAGAUGGUCAGGUUUGUUAGUGACAGUGGGUGAAGUGAUUGAAAAGAACUUACUGCAUGUCAACAGAACAGACUGGCAUGUUGUAUUUACCGGCAUGUCACGCCGACAGAUGAUCUACAGUGCAGCCAAAGCUAUUGCAGGAAUGUACAAGCAGCGUUUACCACCAAGGACCAUUUGAGAAGAAACUAACUCUGGACACUGAAGACAACUCAUUCUUUUAGGCUGGGAAUGAACACAAUGAUUGCAUCUUCAUUGAUGCAUCAACUAUAUUGAUGGUCCUCUACUGAUGGCACCUCAGUUUUUGUAACUGCAUAUAAACGGUAACUUUGUUUUAAAAAGUGAAGGCAUCCUUUGGAUAAUUGAAAUGAUCAAUUCUCAAGUCACUUUUUAUAAUCACAUAACUUCUAAAAGUAUAAGGAGGCAUAUUUAUAGCAGAAUCAAAAAGCAUAAAAUGUAUUUAAUGGGUUGCAUUUUUAUUUCAAACACUAAAUAGAUUUUGGACAGACUCUCAUAAUAAUUGGUUUAAUAGGCAUAUCAGUGUUUAAUUAUUGCUGUAGUAAUCAGAGGUCAGAGUAAUGGCGUCUAGGUGUUGCAUGUUAGCCUGGAUGGGAGGCGAGACAUAGCUGGGCUUCCAAUGUAAAAGUUCUUCUGGAUUUCAUCUUUGCAGACAGACACCCACUUUAACAGUGUGUUAAGAUAUAUACAAAAAUAAUUUAAAAUGGUCUAAUGGUUAUUUGUUUUCAAGAUAAAUUCCAGAAAUUAGCUGAAUGCAUAUCUCUUCAAUAAAAUAGACAUACUCCAUUAUAAACAUUCUUAUUACCUGUGCAUGCAUCUCAAAAUACAGGGCAUUAACUUAUAUUGAAUAGUUCAAAAUCCAUAUUAAAAGUCACAAACAUACUAUGCUGGCUGACAUCUAGACCAAAUUACUCAUGAGUCAUCCCUUUGAAAUUAAUGGAAAAAGUUAGUUUCAGUGUGACUACUCAUAAGUAAAUGAGUUUUGAUGUCAACUGCUUCGUCUAUCUAAAGCAUAUGAUGCAACAUACAAUUUUUUAAAAAAUCUGGACUAUAAUUGUAGGUGAAUUCACUUUUAAAUUGAUGGGGGUGGUGCGGGAAAUGGGAUUUCAGUAGAUGAUAUCAGAAAUACAUGAAAACAUCUCGGCCAUGCAAUGAAAUCAAUGGAUGUUUGCUGUAUAGAUUCAGGGACUGUUACAGGCUCUCACUGGCAUGAGAAAAUUGACAGCAAAUUAAUAUGGCAAAUGUUUUUUUCCAAAAUCUAACUGAUCCAUGCCUAUUGUGUGUUACUGUUUUCUGCUUAGUGUGUAGACCUUGUCAGUUUUUCCUUCAUUGCAAAUACUUCCCUUUAUUCUAUGUUUGAACACCAUCUGUCCAUAUUUGUAAAACUGCUUAUAGAAAAAACUAUUUUGAUAACCUUGCCUCUUUUUUUAAAGCUCUCUUUCUGCCUUAAACACAAGCGUCUCAAUUUAUACUACUUAGCCUUUCUCUUUUGUAGAUGCUUUCAAAGACACUUUUUAUAUGGAAUAUUCUAGUUAGUCUCUUAUAUUUCUAUCCAGUGUAGUCUUUCAUUUUCCCAAGUAAUAUAUUUUUCCAUUCUUGACGUAUCUUGUAAAUCAGAAUUAAAUAGAUCUUGCUCCUUA